CACCUCCCACAGUUGCAUCCCUUCAAGCUGAAAAGAUUCGUAGUCAUUUCUCAAAACUCAAUUAACCUCCAUCGGUUGAAACAUGACUUUGAUCGAACACCUCCGGCCACAGAGCAGUGACUUCGCUUCCUCUGUAAACCCGACCGGAACAAGAAAAUAAAGCUCUUUGUAUGUUUAAGAAAGAGAAAAGGUUAAAAAAAAAGCCUUACCAGACCUUUAUUUAGAAUCACGUGGGUUCUGAUUUAUAAUAUAUUUUUAAAAACUUUCAGACGAACAAUUCCUUAAAAGGGCAUUCCUGGAACUUUCCCUGAAUUAUAUCGAUUUUUAAGUCCGCUCAUUGUUGUGUUGGCAGAGCUGCCGCCCUACACUGAGGCGGCAGAGUUUCACCGCAGCUGCGAAUCCCGACUUCCAAGCUCUGGACACGGGCGGGUUUCAACUAAAGUCGGGCAACAACCUGGCCAGCGAGCGCCCUCCCCGCAGCUCUUCAAAUGACCCCGAGAUGGAUAUCCUACGUGAAGUACCUGGUGAUGAAACAGAAAUGCUUGUGUUUGCUUCUCGUCUUCACUGCCUAUUCAGUGGUGAACCCAAUUUUCUUCAGAUUUCUGGAAGGACUCUUGCCCAUGGAGAAAUGUUAUUUACCCAAAGGAUUCAAAUUAAAACCUGGAAACCAUGUGGACAAUUAUCUAGAUUAUUGUGAUUGUAUCCGACUUCACCACCUCCUCUGGCAGCGAGUUCCAGAUAUCAGUCGCCAUACAACUUUAUUCACAAAGAAUCUUUGUUGCAGCCAAGGGAUGUUCAAGACCAGAACUGAUGUUCAAACCUGCACAAAUUGGAAUGCUCCCAUCAUUUGGGAUGGGACCUUUAAACCAGCCGUUUACGAUGAGAUGUACAAGAAAAAGAACAUCGUUAUUGGUCUCACAGUCUUUGCAGUUGGCAACUACCUGGACUUGUAUUUGGAGCGUUUCCUGAUGUCGGCUGAUGAACAUUUCAUGCCGGGAUUCUCUGUCAUCUACUAUGUGUUUGUAGAUGACCUGGCCAAGCUUAAACAGAUAGUUUCGAAGCUGAGUGGAAGAGGGAAAGUCCGGGAUCUUAAAAUCGAAAGGCACAGGCGAUGGCAGGACAAUUCCAUGUUCCGCAUGAAGCAGAUCCAUGAGUUAAUUGACACUCAUGUCAAAAAGGAGGCCAACUACCUAUUCUGCUUCGAUGUGGAUCAGCAUUUCAACGGUCGCUUUGGCACAGAGGCACUGAGUGAGUCGGUGGCUCUCCUACAUGCCUGGUUCUACAGAAGGCCAAAGUUCUUGUACACUUAUGAAAGUAACCCCCACUCCACAGCGUACCUAGAAAGCCAAGGGGAUUUCUACUACCAUGCUGCUGUGUUUGGUGGGACUUGGCAGAGUGUGAAGAAUCUGACAGAGUCCUGCUACCUGGGGAUCAUGCAGGACAAGGAGAGAAAUCUGGAGGCUCGUUGGCAUGAUGAGAGUCACCUUAACAAAUACUUCUGGCUGCAUAAACCCACCAAAAUCCUCUCACCGGAGUAUUUGCUGGAUCAAAAGAUCGGAUGGCGGAAAGACAUCCACGUGUUCAGACUGCUAUGGGAUGAGAAAGUGUAUGGCAUCAGUCGACAAGUUACCUAAUCGUAUGAGGAAAUGGAAUUUGUACUGAUCUUUAUCUCUUCCCCCUUCAUCACUCCUGACAAACACAAGGUGGAUUAGGUGCAAGGAGGAAAAGCUGAAAUCUGUCCUAAAUAUGUGCCUUAUCUUUACCUCUUGCCUAUCAAAUUUAGAAUAAGAUGCUCUUUUCCACCAGUUUAUUGCAAGGCACCAUCUUAAAAGUGGGAUUGAAGCCUAUCUGAGGAAAAUUGACCUGGGGAUUAUUAAAUCGCUGAAAUUUCCUAAUGAGUGGUAUUGGAUGGCUCUCAUUUGAGCUAAACAGCAAUCAGUAAGGACAACCACCUCAACAAGCUAUUUACUUGCUGCUGAGGGUUUGAGGGGGAUUUUUUUUUUGAAUGGGCUGCUUGCAGACACACGGGACUGCAGAAGAAGUGGAAGGAGAAGAUAAGAUUAGGCAGCCACCAGUGUAGCAAGGAAGAUAGAGAAAGAAAGGAACUCAGGAUGAGAUGGAUGACUGCAGCACCAUCCUCCAUUCCUUGUGGUGUCCUUCAUUCUCUGCCAGGACUUGAACUGAUCUUAUGUUUUCCUGCAAUUGUACUUGUGCAGUGGACCACAGUUAUACAUAUAGACACAAUAGUUCUGUCCAAUGGGCAUUAAAUCUCCAGGUGUCUGUUUUAGCAUCAAGCUAAUUCAAAUUAUGAUAAUCAGUAAUUAAAAUCGGAAUUCUGCACUAAAUUCAGAUAUUGACCCAGGAAUCUUUUGUUAACAGAUUUGGCAUCAAUUCUCACCAUUUCCCUGAAAUGACUACUACUUUAAUUAUUUUCAGUGUGUCCACUCAUUGCCAUAGAAAAAUGUCUUUUAAACCUUGGUUCUGCAUUGUGGAUAAACUAAACUAGGGCUUUAAUGAAUAGUUUUUCUUUUAGGAAAAAAAAACUUAAAUCUGUGAAUUAUGUUUACAGAAUCCCUUAAUGGUCAGCACUGAUUUUAUAUUGUUUUGGUAUCAUUAGUAACUUGCAGAUCUUUUUUGGAUGAGAAACUAUGUGCAAGUUGAGGCGAAUAUAUUUAUAAAUCUGGCAAUGGUGUUUUCAUUUUGAAUAAAAAAAAUACUUGUGUGCUUA